AUGAACCGAAGUUCUGGGAGACAUGAACCGAAGUUCCAUGGAGAACAGAGAGUUCUGCUGAGAAGAAAGACAGAAUGUGAUCAGGUCCACAUCGAUGACGUCUCAUCAGACGACAACGGCCAGGACUUGAGUACUUACAGUUUUGCAACUGAUGGCUUCCAUGCAGCUGCAACCAGCGCUAAUUUGUGCCUGGCUACGGGGGUCCGCGGCGGGGUCGACUGGAUGAGGAAGCUGGCCUUCCGCUACCGACGGGUCAAGGAGUUAUAUAGCACUUACAAAAACAAUGUUGGGGGUCUGCUGGGUCCGGCUAAAAGAGACGCCUGGCUGCAGCUCAGAGCCGAGGUGGAAGCUCUGACAGAUUCCUGGCUCACCCACGCACUCAAGUCCCUCUCUAUCAUCAGCUCCAGGAGUAACUGUGUCAACGUGUUGGUGACCACGACGCAGCUCAUACCAGCGCUGGCUAAAGUUCUCCUCUACAGUCUCGGCUCGGUGUUCCCAGUAGAGAACAUCUACAGCGCAACAAAAAUAGGUAAGACUAGGAUUAAUACGCACACACGCAUAUUUUGUGAUGUGGGAUAAGACAUUACAUUGAACGGAAUCCUUUAAAAAAAACUUUUUCUGAUGUUCACUAAACGGAUGAAACCUGCCCGUCACAUGACCCGACGCUGUUUCAGCAUCUACAG